AUGGAGCAAUGUAUGAGCUGUCCAGAUGACCAUUACUCCAAUGCAGAGCACACACGCUGUCUGCAAAGACGUGUUUCCUUUCUAGCAUAUGAAGACCCAUUGGGGAUGACUCUGGCCUGCAUGUCCCUGGGUUUCUCUGUCCUUACAGCUCUUGUUCUUGGUGCUUUUGUGAAGUACAAUGACACUCCCAUUGUGAAGGCCAAUAACCGCAUUCUCAGCUACAUCCUACUGAUCUCCAUCACCUUCUGUUUCCUCUGCUCAUUGCUCUUCAUUGGGCAUCCCAACAUAGUCACCUGCAUGCUGCAGCAAACCACAUUUGGAGUCUUUUUCACAGUGGCUGUGUCUACUGUCUUGGCCAAGACAAUUACUGUUGUCCUUGCCUUCAAGCUCACUACUCCAGGAAGAAGGAUCAGAAGAAUGCUGGUAUCAGGGGCACCUAAUUUUGUCAUUCCCAUCUGCACCAUGGUCCAACUUGUUCUCUGUGGAAUCUGGCUGCUCACAUAUCCUCCCUUUAUUGAUACAGAUACUCACUCUGAACAUGGGCAGAUCAUCAUUGUGUGCAACAAAGGCUCAGUCAUUGCAUUCCAUUUUGUCCUGGGAUACUUGGGCUCCUUGGCUCUGGGGAGCUUCACUGUGGCUUUCUUGGCCAGGAAUCUUCCUGACAGAUUUAAUGAAGCCAAAUUCCUGACUUUUAGCAUGCUGGUGUUCUGCAGUGUCUGGGUCACCUUCCUCCCUGUCUACCACAGCACAAAAGGGAAGGUCAUGGUGACUGUGGAGGUCUUCUCCAUUUUGGCCUCCAGUGCAGGUCUGUUAGGGUGCAUCUUUGUCCCAAAAUGUUAUGUUAUUUUGAUGAGACCAAAUUCAAAUUCUCUUCAAAAUUUCAGGGAUAAAUCACUUUAUUGA